GGCCUGCGGCUGCGGGGAGCGGCGGGGCCGGGAGCGGGCGCCGGAGCCGAGCCGAGCCGGAGCAGGCGCCGGAGGCCGGCGCGGCGAGCAGCAACCAUGUCGGUGUUCGGGAAGCUGUUCGGGGCUGGAGGGGGUAAGGCGGGCAAGGGCGGCCCGACCCCCCAGGAGGCCAUCCAGCGGCUUCGGGACACGGAGGAGAUGCUAAGCAAGAAGCAGGAGUUCCUGGAGAAGAAGAUCGAACAGGAGCUGACUGCUGCCAAGAAGCACGGCACCAAAAACAAACGCGCGGCCCUGCAGGCUCUGAAGCGCAAGAAGAGGUAUGAGAAGCAGCUGGCACAGAUCGAUGGCACCCUGUCAACCAUCGAGUUCCAGCGGGAGGCCCUGGAGAAUGCCAACACCAACACAGAGGUGCUCAAGAACAUGGGCUAUGCCGCCAAGGCCAUGAAGGCUGCCCACGACAACAUGGACAUUGAUAAAGUGGACGAGUUAAUGCAGGACAUUGCUGACCAGCAGGAACUUGCAGAGGAGAUUUCCACAGCUAUUUCCAAACCUGUAGGCUUUGGGGAAGAGUUUGAUGAGGACGAGCUCUUGGCAGAGUUGGAGGAACUUGAACAGGAGGAGCUAGACAAGAAUUUGCUGGAGAUCAGUGGGCCCGAAACAGUCCCGCUACCAAAUGUCCCCUCUGUAGCCCUACCGUCCAAACCCGUCAAGAAGAAGGAAGAGGAAGACGACGACAUGAAGGAAUUGGAGAACUGGGCCGGAUCCAUGUAACUGGUCCAGCAUAGGCUGGGCCCGGACAGACUCUGGUGGCCUGUGCGACGGGCAGGCGCGUGCGUGCGUGCGCAGGGCAGGCAGGACGCGGUGCAGGCAGCCUCCAUCGCUCAGCUCUCACCCAAAGCAGUAGCCGCAUCACUGCCCACUCUCGCAUAGCAUGGUCUGUGCCCAGGG